UUUUAUUUUAUAAUUCAUUUCAUUUUACCUUUUCCGGUCUUAUAUAGAUGUGAACAAAAAGAAUUUUUGAUUCAAUUCCGUACGCGAAUCAUAGAUAAUAUACUAAGAAAAAGAAUGACCUCGAGUCUUAUAAAUCAAUGACAGUUAUUUGAAUUUUCAAAACUUUGAAGAACUUUGUCGACUUUCUGGUGGUGGUUAAAAUAUUAAAUUAUCUGUAACUAAACUUAAAGUUCCUAAAAACUUACAUUAUGGCUUCCCAAGAAAUUGAAAAUUUGGAUGAAGAAGUCAAGGAACUCUUACAAAACUACAAAUACAAGAAAGCUACUAUUUACGAGCCUUGUACACAUCAAAAUUACAAAGAAUGUUUGAUUGGUCUAAGUGAGGAAUUGAGUUUAUUGAAUAUUACUUAUACCUUUAAUCCUCACACUGAUGUUGAAAACGAUACUUUACGUCCAGAGGCCUUAGUUCUAUUUAUUAAUUCUGUAUGGACACUUCUACAUUAUCAUAAGAAUACAAUAGAAAAGGUCGACCGAUUAAUGGAGCAUAACCACAUCCUUGAACAUAAUAACAAACAACUCACUUUUACAGCAGGCAAACUAAAAGACAAAUUGAAUACAGAAAAAAAUGAAUCCAGAGCAUGUGUUGCAUCUGCACAAAGAGUAUCGGAUCAAUCCAAUGAGAUGUAUCAGAAACUGUUAGACGCUAAAAACAAAUUGAAGCAGAUCACAAAGCAAAGAGAAACAAAUGAAAAGAUAUACCAGAAUAAGAUAACACGACUGAAGAUUGAAAAUGAGAAAUUAUUAAACUCGCAAAGAAAUAAAUCCGACAGCUACACUUCUUGCACUGAUGUGUGCGAUUCAACUCUAAUGCAGCUGAAGGAUCGGGAACGAAAACAAAGGGCCUUAAUAGCUCAGCUUCAAGCUAACAACCAGGAACUGUUGAGAGAAGUGUUGGCUCUGAAGGAAGAACUCAUACUUGAAGGAAUUAACAGUGUAGCAAUCAAAAAGUGAUUUUAAAUUUAUUAUGAUUUAUAAUUUUUUAUAAGCAAAUUGUGGUAGUGAGUAAUGGCAUGAUAAUUGAAGUUGACCAACAUUUAUUUAACAUACAAUUUUUUUAUAGAAUUUGCAUAGAUCUGGUAUGUGUCAAUAAGUAAUUUAUAGGCAUUCUUAAAGACCUACUAAUGAAAAACUUUAUUCGUAGGUAACAAUUCUUGUAGAAACUGAAAUAAAAGCUAGAUUUUUUAUUUAGUUAGAUACUCUUUUGGUUACUGAAUUCAAACCUACCACUUCUGAAAAAGUAAUGUACUUGAAGCUGAAUGUGUUAAUUUUUUCUAAUUUAUUAUUUUCUAUGUGGGAAAAGAUAUAAGUUUGAGUAAUUCGAGCAUUGUAUGGUACAGAAAAGCAACAACAUUCCCCGGUGAAAAAAGAUAAAUUUACAUUUAAAAUUGCAUAUAAAGUUGACACAAUCUUAAUUUAUAAUAAACAAUAUAAUAGUUACCAACAAUUCUGAUAAUUUUUAGAUAUUUUUAUGUAGUAAUGUUCCUUAUCCAGUAUUGUUUAUGUUAGUUAUAAGGACAAGGGCUGACCAAAGUAAUUUUAUUACUAGAGUGAUAACUGAGUACUUAACUUUUGACUGUGAUGAUUAUGUUUGUUAUGAUAUCAAUUUUUUAAUACACGAUUAAUAUAAAAA